AUGAGGCUGUCCCUGACCGUCCUGCUGGUCACUCUGGCCCUUUGCUGCUAUGAGGCCAAUGCAGUUGUCUGUCCAUCUUUUGCUGUUGAUAAUGCAGCCUUCCUCUGGGUACCUGACUUACUGUACAGGGCACGACUUCAGACAUAUUCAGCGCCUAGAGAAGCUGUUGAGGCCAAGAUGCAAGUGAAGCAAUGCGUGAAUGGCUUCUCCACAGGAAACAAACUGCAAAUUUGGAAAGCACUGGUGAAAAUACUGCUAAAGUGUGGUUACGAAGAUUUUCAAAAACUUCUAUCCUUUGUCUUCUGAUGAUCACCUGAUCUUCCCUGGAAAAUGUAGAGGUUUCAACAUCUUGCUCAAUAAAUUACUUGCCCUGCA